UGCAAAAUGAUGCUUCCAUUUGUCGAUUUGUUUAUUUAUUAAUUUAUAUACAUUUACUGACUAAAAUUAAUAUUUAAAUUGAAUGAGUUUUUAACUAACAAUAAUGGCUGCUCAAGACCGUAAUUUCUGCUGCGGCUGCCUCAGUGCGGACCGAAAAAUGUUAGCACUUGAAGACUUUUGGACUAAGCAGAGUUUUUUGCAAAUUUUACGAGAAAUACCGGUAUAUAAACCAGAGGAGCAUGUGCCUGAGUGGUUGUGUUGGGAGUGUGAGGCGCAGUUGCGGCGCUUCACGAAGUUUAAACAGCAAGUUUCACAUAGCUUUAAUAUUUUGCGGACAUAUGAUAUGCAGAAACAUGACGUGAAACUCCCGUACCUGAAACCAAAAUUAACCAUUCACAAGCUUACGAACAUAAAUGUUCCCGAAAUCCCUCCUGAACCAGAGACAGACAUAGAGUUACCAAUAACAUAUGAAUACGAAACCACUGACGUGCCUCAAGAUGAUAUCAAACUCGAAAAUCAAAUCAAAUCCGAAAUUGACUCGCAUUCAGACAACGAUGAUUUACUUAUAAACUACGUACAGAAAAAGAAGAAGGUUAAGAAAAAGAGAAAGAAACCUGAAUUGUUUAAAGAGAUAGAACUGACGGAGACGGAGAUAGAGGGAGAGAGACGUGAGAUGGAGUUGAGCUUUGAGUAUGUGCAUGCAAUGUUCCGGUGUGAGAAGUGUAUAGUCUCCUUUCCUAAUGCGGAGAUGAUGAAGGAGCAUGAGUCAGUGAAACAUGAACAGAACGCGGCACGCCACAGAUGUCCAAUUUGCACGUGCUCCUUCGUGUCCGAGAUAUCGUACAACUACCACGCGAACAAACACAGGCGGCGCUACGAGUGUAGUGUUUGCCAGGCUCGGUUAAGAAGCAAGCGGGCUGCGCAGAAACAUUAUACUACCACCCAUGGAAUUGAACCAAGUCCAGAGAAAGCUCAGGUUGAGGAUGUUUCAAUCACUAAUACAAACGGUGUAAAGUCUGAAGUCACGUUCCCUUGCGAGCUGUGCGCGAAGACGUUCAAAUGGAAGACGUCAUUAAGGAAGCAUUUGGAGACGCAUCGCAUAGAGGCCGGGCAGAAACGGCGGCCGUAUUGCGAGCCCUGCAAAAUGUCGUUCACCACGACUUCCAACCUCCAGAAGCACGUCAAGACCAGCUCCAAACACCAGAUCCAGUUGAAACUCAGAAAGCUAGAAGACACGGUACCAGAAGAGUCAACGACACCAGAGAAGCAGCGCGCUCUGGUAGAAGAGAUCAAGUGCUCGGUGGCGGCGGCGCGCCAGCUGUACCCGUGCGCGCACUGCGGCCGCCGCUUCCAGUGGCGCGGCAACCUGCUGCGGCACAUGCAGAGCCACGCCGCCAGGGCCAACGGCGAGCUGGUGUGCGCGCCGUGCAACAGGACCUUCUCGUCGGUGGCCACCUACAAGCAGCACAUGCGGCUGUCUAGAGCACACGUCUCCGAACAGGACUUUCCCCACGCGUGCGACGAGUGCGGGCGGCGCUUCGCCAACAAGACGCGGCUGCAAGACCACGUCGACUGGGACCACAGGAGACACUUCGCGCACCACUGUACACAGUGCCAGAAGGUAUUCAAGAGCCACACGUCCCUGUACCUCCACAAGCAGGUGGUCCAUAAGAAGGAGCACGCGGAACAUCUCUGCGACCACUGCGGGAAACCAUUCCCGAACCACGCGAAGCUCCGCAGCCACAUAAUAGCGCUCCACACGUCCGAGUCCCCCUACAAGUGUACCUCUUGCGCGAUGCGUUUCAGCUGGCACUCGUGUCUAUCGCGCCAUGUACGGAGAGUGCACAAGCGCAAGUGAUGUCUCUACACUUGCACAAGUGACGCAAGUAACGCAAGUGUCUUGCGCGGCUAGGUUACGCUGGCACUCCUGUCUAUCGCGAAAUGUACGGAGAGUGCACAAGCGCAAGUGAUGUCUCUACACUUGCACAAGUGACGCAAGUAACGCAAGUGUCUUGCGCGGCUAGGUUACGCUGGCACUCGUGUCUAU